AUGUCCUUCUUUUUAUUCAUUAUAUACAACAUAAUGUUUAUCACCAACGGCACCGUUUUCAUUGUGAUCAUCCUAAAGGAGAAGCUGCAUGAGCCCAUGUACAUUCUAAUCGCCAACUUGGCAUUUUCUGACUUUCUCUUUGACGCGGCUACCUUGCCUAAAAUGAUUGGCAAGUAUUGGUUCGAUGGUGGCAAAAUAUCCUUCCUCGCCUGCUUUGUGCAAAUGCAUCUGGUCCAUUGGCUGGCUGUAGUGGACUCAUUUAUCCUCAUGUUGAUGGCGUUUGACCGCUACAUUGCUAUCUGCAAUCCACUGAGAUAUUCGUCUACAGUUACCUACAAAGCGAUCCUGUUUAGCUGCGGUUUUAUGUGGUUCUCCGCUGCUGUUAUCACCUUAGACCUCAUAAUAAUUUCCAAAUACCCAUUCUGUGGUCCAAACAAGAUCGUCAGCUUCUUCUGCAACAGCUCAACCAUCUUGCGCUUGGCCUAUGCCGACGUUAAUUCCACUCGAGAAAUUCUUUUGACUGUAGCCUUGGUGGUUCUUUUCGGGACUCUAGCCCUCAUCAUGUUAUCCUACAUCGCCAUCUUGCUUUCUGUUUUUUCAUUGAGCCAUUCAAGUGGCUGGAGAAAGGCGUUUAAGACAUGUGUGACGCAUUUAUUUGUGAACGCCCUGUUUUAUGUCCCGCGGGUGUUUGUCUACAUUGCCAAUUUUGUAAAGUUGGUCCUCAAUCCCGACCUGGGGGUCUUCAUCAUUGUCCUACAAUCCUAUCUGCCACACUUAGCCAACCCUUUCAUAUACUGUCUGAGGACCGAGGAGAUCAAGAAGAUUAUCUCUGGUACUUUUAAAAAAAAUGUUAGCUUGAAAGUAUGA